AUGUCUGAGUACAGCCCUACCCGCAAGGGCGAUGGACCCAAAGACCCGGAAGUCUAUGAGGAACGCGCAUCCCAGCCUCUCAUUGGCACCCAGUCACCCGGUGUUGCGCGCAUUGAAGCGCUGAGCAAGCAAAUCACUACUGGGAACCGCGUGGCUAUCUUCAUUGGGGUGUUCUUGAUCGCCUAUGCCUAUGGCCUGGACGGCACCCUGCGCUAUGCAUAUCAGCCUACAGCAACCUCCGGCUUUGGCAACCAUUCGCUACUCUCUACUAUCAACGUUGUAAAGGCUGUUGUCGCUGCCGCCGCUCAGCCUACCGCAGCCAAGAUUGCAGAUGUAUUCGGUCGAGUGGAGCUUAUCAUCAUCUCCGUCUUCUUCUACGUUAUAGGUACUAUCGUAGAGGCAUCUUGCACAAAUGUCCAGGGCUUUGCUGCAGGCGCCUUCCUAUACCAGGUCGGCUAUACUUCUCUUCUACUCCUCGUCGAGGUCAUCAUCGCGGAUACUACAUCCCUUCGAUCCCGUCUCUUCUUCUCCUACAUUCCUGCAACACCCUUCAUCAUCAAUACCUGGGUUUCGGGAGAUGUUGGUGACGCAACUCUUAAAGCCGCUGGAUGGAGAUGGGGCAUUGGCAUGUGGUGCAUAGUAUUUCCGGUUGCCUCUCUUCCAUUGAUCGUUUCCUUGAUGUGGCUUGGACGAAAAGCGAAAAAGUCGGGUGCUUUGGACGACUACAAGACGCCAUACCAGAUCUAUGGGCCCAAGAAGAUCGCGAUAGCCCUGUUCUGGCAAUUGGACGUCAUCGGGAUUAUUCUACUCAUUGCUGUCUUCGGGCUGAUCCUGGUGCCUCUUACUCUCGCAGGAGGCGUGAGCGCGACAUGGGGACAGGGCCACAUCAUUGCACCCCUCGUUAUCGGCAUCGUCUGCAUCCCCGCCUGGAUCAUGUGGGAGAAGCGCGCGCCGCACCCCAUGAUUCCUUUCCAUCUGUUCAAGGACCGCUCUGUUUGGGGCGCACUGGGCAUCGCAACAUUCCUGAACUUUGCGUGGACUUGUCAAGGCGACUACCUCUACUCAGUCCUGCUUGUUGGUUUCAACGAAACUCCCAAGUCAGCUCUCCGCAUCACUUCCCUCUACAGUUUCGCUUCAGUUAUCACGGGUACGCUGCUUGGUCUUGUGGUGUACAAGGUCCGCCAAUUGAAACCGUUCAUCCUCUUCGGCACUUGCCUCUUUAUGGUAGCAUUCGGUCUACUCAUCCACUACCGUGGAGGCGUGUCAGACUCGACACACAGCGGAAUCAUCGGCGCACAAGUGCUCCUAGGUAUCGCCGGUGGUUUCUUCCCUUACCCGGCGCAAGCGAGCAUCCAGGCGGCCACCAAGCACGAACACGUCGCCGUCAUUACUGGUAUUUACCUCGCCUGCUACAACAUUGGCUCUGCCUUGGGAAACACCGUCUCAGGCGCUAUCUGGACGCAAGUUGUCCCCGGUAGACUCAGCGGACGCAUUGCAAAUCAGACCGAAGCGGUGAUGUGGUACGCCAGCCCGCUAAACCUCCUCGCCACGCACCCACCCGGCGAUCCCGACCGCGACGCAGCAAUCGAGGUAUACCAAUACGUACAGCGCUUGCUCUGCAUCACCGGUAUCUGCUUAUCCGCCAUCCUGAUCUUCUUCGCCUGUGUAAUCAGGAACCCGAGACUAGGCGACGAGCAAAGCUUGCCCGAUGCGGAGGAAGAUCUCAAGAGAGAGGUCCCCAGUGGAAGCAAGUGGGCAUUCUGGAAGCGUUGA